AUGGAUUUAAAGAUGUUCGGAACCCCUCAGGAUGUGGAUAAUUGUCUGACGAGUGUCAAUAUUGACUCGGACCUCUUGACCCCAGGCUGCCCAGCCAGCCUCCGGCCAAUGGACAUCCACGAUGAAGAUUCUGGUCUAGGAAUGGAAAUGGUCAAUCCUAAUUCUACUGUCCGGAAGGCCUUAUUCAGCAACAAACGGUCACGAACUGGCGAAGACGGCGCUUUAGUGACAAAGAGACCGAGGCAUUCCGAAGGGGAUGAUAUCAUUACAAGCUUUGAUAUGCUCUCUUUCAAGGACACAGCAACUCCAUCGAAAUGUGAUUCCGAUUUUGUGAUUGAAGCUGUAAACAAUUUCGUAGAACAUGACGACAUUACCGGAAACGGAAGUCAACCAUACUGUUUACCAACAAUCUCCGGUAAACAUAGCGACCUCAAAAGCAUUACAUCGACAACACUGUCAGACGUAUUAAAUGGCCAGUACGGUGACGUCAUAAGAAGUUACAGAAUCAUUGACUGUCGUUACCCUUAUGAGUUUGAGAGUGGACAUAUCAAAGGAGCUGAAAACCUGUACACCAAUGAAAUGAUUGAUAAAUUAUUACAUCAGGGGACCAGCCCCACGUCGUCAUCCUCGAAGCGAGACGUCAUCAUUUUCCAUUGCGAGUUUUCUUCCGCAAGGGGACCUAGAAUGUCCCGUCUCUUGCGAAAACUUGACCGAGAGUUGAACAUUGACCAUUACCCGCUUCUUAAUUAUCCCGAGGUGUACCUCCUCCACGAGGGAUACAAGGCAUUCUAUCACACCUGUCAGGAGCACUGUGAGCCGAUGGGAUACAUGCCAAUGCUUCACAGCAACCACACGUCAGAUUUACGUCACUUCCGGUCCAAGUCGAAGUCCUGGUGUGUCGGAGACCGAAGGCGGGGAGUACAGAACAGACUGAAGUUUUCUGAUUACUGAUUACAAAACCGGAAGUUUGAUUCUGACUUUAUCCGGUUUAAUUUUGAGAAAUUCCCUCUGUAUGAUUUUGAAGUGUCAUGAUAGUGGUAAGAGUCGCACAAAUGGUUGUGUGACAUUUGUAUUGUUUUUAUUUGGCAAAAUGCAAACAUGUGCCCCAAACAGAUCAUGAACCAUGUAGUUAUGUACGUACACGAUAUGCAUAUGUGCCUCCAAGGUACUGUGUUUACAUAGGGGUCACGUGACACCAUACAUUAUAACUGUAUCCAACACCUGCUGAUAAUGAUUAACAUUUUCAUUUUCAGGGAAGCAUUUAAGUGCUCAUACCCAUAAUCACUGUUCUUGUUUUUCGGGAACAGAUUAUUUAUUUGUAAAUAAUUACUAAUUUAUUAUUUUACCCAUGCUUACUUAUGCGCCUGCGCGUUGAGCUGUAUGUAUCUGUUUCCUUCCCUUACUAUCUAUCUUACUUCUAUUAUCUUUG